AUGGCGGCGGCGGAGAAGCCAGCGGCGGUGCGGCGAGCGGAGGAGUUGGUGGAGAGGGAGAUGGGCGGGCGCGACGCCUCCCACGACGCCGCGCACGCGCUCCGCGUGCGGGACCUCGCGCUCUCGCUCGCAGCCGAAGAGGGCCUCUCCGCCCCCGACCGCCUCCUCACCGUAACUAACCACUGGCUCGCCUCUCCUUCGUUUCUCCUCAUCGUGCUGUCCCGGCGCGGAGAGUUUCCCGGUUUUCUGAUGCACAUGCCGUUUGGUUGCUCCAGGAGAUUACAAGUAUACCAAGUAAGGGCGAACAAUGUGGAGGAUAUGAGCGUCAUUGAGACGUUUCUUCAAGAGGUAGGAUCGGAUGAAGCCCAGAAGGAUGAAAUAGUGGCGAUUAUUAAGGGGAUGGGGUUCAAAAACGAAGUUUUGAAUAAAUCUAUUGUUGAGCCCACUUUAGAGUUUGCAAUUGUACAAGACGCAGAUCGCCUGGAUGCAAUUGGGGCAAUUGGUAUUGCAAGAUGUUUUACAUAUGGUGGGAGCAAGAACAGCGCAUUACAUGAUCCUAGAAUUCUUCCACGUGAUAACUUGUCAAAGGAAAAGUACAUGUCCAAGGAAGAGAAUCAGACAUCAAUCAAUCAUUUUCACGAGAAGCUUUUUAAACUGAAGGACAUGAUGAAGACAGAGGCCGGGAGAAGGAGAGCUGAGAAAAGGCAUAAGUUCAUGGAGGACUUUGUGGCUGAAUUCUACGAAGAGUGGAGUGGCAGGGGUUGA